CGUGUUCCGGGCGCGAUGGCGGCGGCGGCGGCGGCGGCUUCGGCCCAGCGGGGCGGCGGCGGCGGCGGAGGAGGAGGAGGAGCAGGAGGAGGGGGAGGCGGCGGCGGCGAUCCCGGGGCCGAUCCCGGAGCCGGGGCCGGCGAGCCCGCCCCGCCCCCGGGGGGCGGCGGGGCCUCCUCGGACCAGAUCAUGCAGACCGGGGCGAUCCUGCUGCGGGCGUUCGUGCGGGACCGCGUGCAGCGCUGCGGGGACCCCCAGGCCGUGGCGCUGAGUGAGGCUGAGCUGGGCCAGCCCCAGCCCAGCAGCCCCGACACCAAACGCCUCAGCGAGUGCCUGCGGCGCAUCGGCGACGAGCUCGACAGCAACAUGGAGCUGCAGAGGAUGAUCGAGCAGGUGGGCUGUGACGCCCCCAAAAAGCUGUUCUUCCGCGUGGCCAAGGAGAUGUUCGCCGACGGCACCUUCAACUGGGGCCGCGUGGUCGCCCUCUUCUACUUUGCCUGCAAGCUGGUGCUCAAGGCUCUGUGCACCAAGGUCCCGGAGCUGGUGCAGACCAUCCUGCGCUGGACCAUGGAGUACCUGCAGGAGCACGUGCUGGCCUGGAUCCAGGCCCAGGGCGGAUGGGAAGGGCUCUUGUCCCACUUUGGGACCCCCACCUGGCAGACCAUCACCAUCUUCGCUGCUGGUGUCCUCACGGCCUCGCUGACCAUCUGGAAGAUGUCCUAGACUCUGGGGGGGGGCUAUGUUCUUCCCCCCCCCCCCCAGAGACCCCCGGGACCCCUCCCCUGCCGGCAGGGAUGGUGCUGACCCCCAGGCCCGGGGGGGUCUUUAACCAACACCACUCACUCACCUGGUUUUUGGGGUGGUGGUCGAGCUGUGGGGGCCUGGGGGGGACACACCCCUCCCUCCCCCAGGGCCCCCCCCAGCCCUUCCCAGAGGUCACAGCUGGGAUUUGGGGGGGAUUUGGGGGGUGGGGACACCCCCCAGCCCUGGCCUGCCCUCGGUUUGACCGCGGGAUUUGUGGUGCUUCGAGUCGGGGGGAGGGGGGACCCUGCGGUUCCACCCCCGAUGUGGGGGUGGCUGGGGGGGGUGGGGUGUCUCUGUGACCCCCCCGGAAUGACCUGGGGGGGUGGAGGGGGGGGAGGGUUACAGCCAUGGCUGUAGGGUAAGUAUUUAUUGGGGGUCCCCGUCCCCCAGAAAGGGCCCCCCCAGGUGCAAUACCCCCCUCCCGGGGCGGGGGCUCUCAGGGUGGGGGGGCCACACCCCCCGUUUACACCCCCUCAAAACCCCCCCCCCCCGGUUUUGGAGGUCCCCCCCGUGUCCCCGAGGCAGAGGGGGGCGCAAAGUGACCCCUUCCCCCACUCCCCCCACGGUGCUCUUGGCGAUGACGUCACGGGGAACCGCCCCUCCCCAAAAUGGGUGGGCCCCGCCUUUCCCCCCUCCCCCCUCCAUCGCUUCUCUCCGUAGUGGAUUUUUCUUCUCUUUUUUUGUACCUUGGUUUUUGUAUCUCGGGAAUUUCGAUGGAAAUAAAAGAAAAGGCGAACGCGA